GGCCUGAGUCAGGACUGAAAGGACAAGAUGUUCUGUACCGUGGGAUUGGUUCCAAAGUCUGAUAAAUAUUUACAACUACAGUGGGUGAUAAAUCCAGCCUAAACAGACUAAUCACUCAGGUUUUCUUCAUAGAGGAGAAAAGAAACAGACAGAGACACCCCGCAUGAAAGAUCAAAAGGUGCAAAAGAAGAGAUAAUAUAUCCGAGGAAAAGACUCGACCACCGGCCUCUUGAGGCUACUUAAAAAUACUUUUGACAAGAUAUCUUCGAUCCUUUGCUCCUCUCAUUCUCUCUCUCUCUCUCUCUCUCUCUCUCUCUCUCUCAGCUUGCUUUUGGUGCAAAUAAGAAUUCCUCUUGCAACUUCCAACACAAACUGAGGUAAACCAGAGGUGAAUUCUUGGAAAUAGUUCUCCAAGUCCUCUGCUUUUGUUCUUAUGGCUUUUGGUUUCUGCAACGUGUUACCUUUCAGUUCCUUCUUGGAUGAAAAUGAGAAUGGUCUGAGGUGGUCUUGCAUGGCGAGCCAUAGACUUGGGGAGACUGGUUUAUCCGACUCAGGACCUUCGAAUCCCCAUGUCCCUUAUGCAGUUUUUCAUGGAAGUAAUGUUCCUACAAGUUUCAUCAAUCAAGAAGGAUCUGCUUUCGAUUUUGGAGAGCUAGAAGAAGCAAUUGUGCUGCAAGGAGUUAAGAUAAGAAAUGAUGAAGCUAAAGCACCUUUAUUCACUGGCAGGCCUGCAGCUACUCUGGAGAUGUUCCCUUCAUGGCCAAUGAGAUUCCAGACCACCCCAAGAGGAAGUUCAAAAUCAGGGGGCGAGAGCACUGACUCAGGAUCAGCAGUGAACACUUUCUCAAGCAAAGCUGAGGUCCAGAUGGAAUCAGAAUCUCCUAUUAGUAAAAACGCAUCUUCCUCAGAUCAUCAGGCUUUUGAUCAUCAGAAGCAUCUGCAGCUUCAACAACAACAAAUACAGCAAGAGAUGGCAAAUGAUAGAUCAAGAACAGGACCAUCACAGAAUCAAUCAGCUGUCAAAGCACCCCAAGAAAAGAGGAAGGGAGGUGGUUCAACUUCAGAAAAACAACUUGAUGCUAAGACAUUGAGACGUUUAGCUCAAAACAGAGAGGCUGCAAGGAAAAGCCGCCUCAGGAAAAAGGCUUAUGUGCAACAGCUAGAGUCAAGUAGAAUGAAGCUUACUCAGAUUGAACAAGAUCUGCAAAGAGCACGCGCACAGGGGCUAUUCUUGGGUGGCUGUGGUGGCGCUGGUGGAAAUCUCAGCUCUGGAGCUGCAAUAUUUGACAUGGAAUACGCAAGAUGGCUGGAAGAUGACCACAGGUUAAUGGCGGAGCUCCGAACAGGAUUGCACGCACAUUUAUCGGACGGCGAUCUUAGAUUAAUCGUGGAAGGAUAUAUUUCUCAUUACGAUGAGAUUUUCCGGCUGAAGGGAGUGGCCGCCAAAUCUGAUGUAUUUCACGUCAUUACAGGGCUGUGGCUGACUCCGGCCGAGCGUUGUUUCCUCUGGAUAGGUGGUUUCAGGCCCUCUGAUCUCAUCAAGAUGUUAAUAGGUCAAUUAGACCCAUUAACAGAACAGCAAUUGGUGGGAAUUUACCGAUUGCAACAGUCAACACAACAAGCUGAGGAGGCUCUAUCUCAGGGCCAGGAGCAGCUCCAACAGUCUCUGAUAGAAACCAUUGCUGCUGCAGGGCCUGUCAUUGAUGGCAUGCAGCAGAUGGCUAUUGCCUUGGCCAAGCUUUCCAACCUUGAAAGCUUCGUUCGCCAGGCAGAUAACUUGAGACAGCAAACCCUUCAUCAACUUUGUCACGUAUUGACUAUCCGACAGGCAGCAAGAUGUUUUCUUGUAAUUGGAGAAUACUAUGGCCGACUUCGAGCCCUCAGCUCCCUUUGGGCGUCUCGACCACGAGAGAGCCUGAUGAGUGAAGAUCAUCAUAACUCUUGUCAACCAACAGCCACCGAUCAUUUGCAAAUUGUUCAUCAAUCUACUGUACACAACCAUUUCUCAACCUUUUGAAGGAGAUCAUCAUGCAUGAUCCCACUAGCCACAGUAGUGAUGCUGCCCGGCCCAAGGAAAUUAAUCGAUCCUUAUCUUGAUCUAAUUGCUUUCAUGGCGCUAGCUCAUGUCGGCCGCCAGAUAUCUUCAAAGAUAUAUAUACUUUAGAGGAGAUAGGACACUUCUUCUUUUAGCUUCUUUUUAUCCUCGAUCUGCCUUUUAAUUAGUACCUUUAUAUAUAUAUGAUUAUUAAUUUCUACGUACGUACGUUAUGAUGUUGUACAUAUAAUUAACUUCAUCUACUUGCUUGAAGCAUGAGAAAAAAAGAUCCAAAGUUUUAGUAUAAAUGAUAUAUAGCUGUAAAUUUCAUGA